AUGGCUCAUACAAUUAUCGUAUCAUCAGUGACUAUCCUGCUACUCAGCAUUGCAGUAAGACCACUCAGCUCGCUUCCUGGACCCUUGAGUUCUAAAUUUACGACUCUGAUCUUGAAGUACUAUACUUUGACUGGACAGAGAAUGCAAUAUCUCGACUCACUGAAUAAGAAAUAUGGCCCUCUUGUCCGUGUCAGCCCCAAUGAGGUUGCCCUUUCCGACUUGCAAACCACCAAAGAAAUCCACCGCAUUGGCACCAGCUUCCGCAAAUCCGACUGGUACAGUAAACUUACCACAACGCGUGAGCACAACAUCUUCUCUCUGGUUGAUCCUAAGGCGCAUCAAGAGCGACGUCGACUACUCUCUCACCCUCUGUCGGAGGGUUCACUGCGGGAAUUAGAGCCAGUGGUCUUGGAAAAUGUUGAGCUGGCUAUACACAAGAUUCAGGAGCGUAUGGAUACGGACGGCAGCGCUGAUUUGCUAAAAUGGUUUUUCUUUAUGGCUACUGACAUUGUUGGCCAAUUGAGCUUUGGCGAAUCUUUUCACAUGUUGGAAUAUGGUAAAGAAACCCAAUAUUCCAUUGAUCUCAAAAACGUCACGUUUUACAAUGCGCUACUCGUCGAGAUCCCCCUAAUAAUGAAAAUUGUUUCAGCCAUCCCUUCCAGCUUCAUCAAGAACAUCACGUCUGCGGCAGCCCGGCGCACUGCAUACGCUGAAAAUCUCCUGGAUCGUUACAGGCAAUAUAUAAAAUCAAACCCCGACUGCAAUAAGCCGAUGUUGCUCUCGCGAGAACUGAAAGCACAUGAUGCCGGUCAAAUCUCACACGACGUAAUUGAGUCCGAUGCAGAAGCCUACAUUCUUGGUGGCAGCGACACGACGGCCAUUACGCUUACAUACCUCGUCUGGGUGGUAUCACAGCACCCCGCCGUGCAGCAGCGGUUGAUCAGGGAAGUGAGAAGCCUGCCUGAUGGAUUCAAGGUAGACGAUCUUAAGAAACUGUCUUAUAUGGGCCAGGUUAUUGAGGAAUCACUACGUCUCUAUGGCGCUGCCCCUGGUGACUUACCUCGUGCUGUACCUGCGGGUGGAAAAAGGCUAUGUGGGCAUUAUAUCUCCGGUGGGCUUACAGUCACAACGCAGGCAUAUACGAUGCAUCGUAAUCCACGGAUCUUUCCGGAGCCAGAAAAAUUUGAUCCGUCCCGGUGGGAGAAUCCGACUCAAGACAUGAAAGAUGCGUUUAUGCCAUUCGGUGCUGGUGGCAGAAUCUGUCUCGGCCUUCAUCUGGCCCGCUUAGAGCUCCGCAUGACGAUUGCACACUUUUACCGCGCCUUUCCCAAGGGUGUCAAGUUAGCAGAAGGCAUGACAGAUGGUGACAUGGAGAUGGAAAACUAUUUUCUGAUUCAGCCAAAGGCAAGGCGGUGUAUGGUGGUUCGUGCGUAG